UAACUCUUGAUACAUUUACUAAGUAAUAAUUAACUAACAUAAUCUUGUUGACAAUGGGGAAAGUGAAAGAGUGGAAGGAGAAUUAAGGGAAAUGAAUUAGGUUUUGAUUAAGGUGGUAACUCAAUUGCAUUUCUACUAUUUAUUUUCUCGAGUUAUCAUCAUCAUUGAUAGAUUACAAUUUAAUCCACAUAUUUUUUAUAUGUGAAGAAAAUCUCUUGGUGGGGCGGGUAUGGGUAUGGGUAUGGAGCGGGGGAGGCUAAAACCAUACCCGCCCCAUACCUAUCAAACUUUUUGCGGGUUUUACCCAUACCCGGUCAGCGGGGAUUCCCCGCGUUAACUGGGUCGAGGGCGGGGUACCCGCGACCAUGGGUUUGAUUGCCAUCCCUACCCAUGAGUACCCGUUGUAGAAUUUCUUCAUCCCAAGUCUCAUCCCGUAAAAAAAAUUACGGGUAUACCGUAUAUGGGUACCGUAACCCUCAAAAAAUGGGACGGAUACGGGUAUACCCAAAUACCCGUUUCUUGUUGCCCACCCCUAUCAGAUGACACACUCCAUGUCUCAUCUUCACUCCUGACCCUCAUUAAUCCCAACAUGUAUCUCAACACCCAAACAAUAAGGGUUUUGUGCAAUAAAAUUGAAAACCACAUUUAUCAUCCACAAUAGGAAUCGCAUAAUGAGAUAGAACACCAUUCUGACAUUCUGGAUGUUUGUAAGUGAAAUCUGUGAUCAUAUCACUAUCUUGUACUGUUUCGUCAUUACGAUGUAUACUCAGAACUAGAUUCUUGCAAAAUUGGUGGUAAAAUUAAAAAAAAUUGUGAAAUUAACCUGCAAAUAGACUCAUAGAUAUAUGAUACAUGCACUUUGAUCUUCAUCAUCAAUUGAACUAAUUCAUCAAGGGUAUCCUAUUGAAGUGAAUUCUAAAGGAAGGGGAGUGGAUUAUGUUAUAGAGGGAGAGUUUCAAUUAAAAGAUUGACGGACAGGGAGAGAAGAGAAGGAUGAAACUCAAUUUCUUUCCUUCAAAUAUCAUAUGAGUAUGUAAUUGGAAUCCCUAUAGGGUUUAACGUUUGUAGUUUUCUUCACACAAGGUUGUUCAUCUCUUGUGUGUAAUCUGGAAGUCCAUGAAUUUGGUGGCCUUUGAAGGGCAACAGGGUUCAUUCAGUGUGUUGGAUAGGCACUUUAAAUUUCAAGUUGAGGAGUGGGUGGCUACUCUCCCUAACAGUGACGUGUCAGUCUCUACCGCUCCGGUGGAACAGGUUGGGUAGUCGGAAGCUUUGUCGGGAGAGUUCGUGUGUUUGUUUGAUGGGGCGGUCUAUCAUGAUUCACAUGGUUCGGAGGGCUUCAUGCUUCGGGAUGUUGCCGGUAUGGUCGUGAUGGCCAAAGGAGCAAGUUAAUGAUGGCGUGGUGGAUCCAAUGUUGGUGGAGUUGCAGGCUUUCCGUGAUGCGAUGGUGUGGGGGGUAGGGUUUCAUUAUGCCGGGUUCUUCGGGGAUGUCAAGGUGGUGAUUGACAAAGUAAACGCCAGGAUCAGUAAGGAAGCGAAGGCCGGGGAAAUUUUUCAGGAAGUUCGCCUGCUUCUUGAUGCUUACUCGGGGUUUAGUGAUAAGUUUUUAGGUACACAGAAGAAUAGGGUGGCUCAUUUGGUGGCCAAGAAGGCCAUAUAUUUGUUUCCAACAGGGGGUGAUGGCUUUGAUUUCCGAGUGUGGUUGUGCUCGGAAGUCCGGCUGAUGUAACUUUGUUAUUCUUGACAAUACCAGCGAUCUUUUUCUUAAAAAAAAAAAAUAGAGUGGUUUGUAGUGACUAAAGCCACCUUGACAUUUGAACAUUAGAUCCCCAAAUUGAAAACUAUUGUUGCUUGAAGCCCUCAUCCACUGAUGUGGAUAGUAGGGGUGGCUAUUUGGACCGAGACCGGAUUAAAAACCAGAAACCGGACCGUAUAACCUGGACCGGGACCGGAUAGUAUACAAUUCAAUCCAAUCUUUGGGUUUAGAUUUGAGGUAAAAAAAACCGGAUAAAGACCGGAUAAGAGAGCUCAACACCCAAAACUUAAGGGUAAUUUGCAUAAACGGUCACAAACCUUUGCACUUAGUACAAAACUUAACUAACUCCUCACCCUUUAAGGCCUUAGGCCACUCAAAUCCCACAAUCUCAAUGUAAAAUCAAGACAGAAUUGGGACCGGACCGGAUCAAGACCGGACUGUAUCCAAUCCAAUCUUCGGUCCUUAUAUUUUCAAAAAGACCGGACUGGACCGGAUCAAUUUAGGCCAAUUUAACCGAACCGGAUCGUGUAACCACCCCUAGUGGAUAGGUUGAAAUGAAAUCUACCGCUAUGA